ACUACACGCCUCUCGCCGUCGCGUCCUCCCUCUCGCCUCUUCAAAGCCUCCGGUCCUCCGCCACUUGACUCCUGUCCCCUCUCGCGUGGUCCUCUUCCUCCUCCUCCUCCUCCCCUUGUCCCUCGAGCACGCCUCGUCUCUCCCGGUCUCCGCCGCGCGCCGCCCCGCCGUUGGCUGGCUCUCUAGCCGGGAGGGGGGAUGGCGUUCCACUACCCGGACCACGCGCUGGCGAUGGACCCCGCGGCGGCGGCGGCCGCGGCCGGGGUCGGGGCGGCGGUGAACCCUAGCUUCGUGCCCGGAGGAGGCGGCGUGGGGGGACCGGGCGGGUGGGAGCGGGAGAAGGCGGCCAUCGCGGCGCACCCGCUGUACGAGCGCCUGCUCGAGGCGCACGUCGCCUGCCUCCGCGUCGCCACCCCCGUCGACCAGCUCCCCCGCAUCGACGCGCAGAUAGCCGCCAGGCCCCCGCCCAUGGCGGCGGCCGCGGCGGCGGGCGGGGCGCAGUCGGGGGGCGAGGAGCUCGACCUCUUCAUGACACAUUAUGUAUUGCUCCUCUGUUCGUUCAAGGAACAACUCCAGCAGCAUGUGCGUGUUCAUGCAAUGGAAGCAGUGAUGGCUUGCUGGGAGCUUGAACAAACUUUACAAAGCCUUACAGGGGCAUCUCCUGGUGAAGGCACUGGGGCUACUAUGUCUGAUGAUGAAGACAAUCAGGUAGACAGUGAGAGCAACAUGUUUGAUGGAAAUGAGGGGUCAGAUGGAAUGGGAUUUGGUCCCUUAAUGUUGACUGAGGGUGAGAGAUCCUUAGUUGAGCGUGUCCGGCAGGAGCUGAAGCAUGAGCUUAAGCAGGGGUACAGAGAAAAACUUGUGGAUAUUAGGGAGGAGAUAAUGCGGAAGCGAAGAGCUGGGAAACUCCCAGGUGACACAGCUUCCACUUUGAAAGCCUGGUGGCAAGCUCAUUCUAAAUGGCCAUACCCAACUGAGGAAGACAAGGCUAGACUGGUGCAGGAAACAGGGCUGCAACUAAAGCAGAUCAAUAACUGGUUCAUCAAUCAGCGUAAGCGGAACUGGCACAGCAACCCGGCUUCAUCCUCAUCCGACAAAAGCAAGAGAAAAAGAAGCACUGCAGGUGAUGGCAACGCAGAGCAAUCCUGGUAGAGCGCGGUUGGAGAAGAAUUAUAUGUAAAUAACGCUUCUACUGAGAAGAAUGGCACCAUAUUUGUUGCUCGGGAAACGACCACCAGCAUUUCCCGAGCCCCAUAUUCGUACAAAGAUACCACACGAUGUAAUAAUGUUGUAAGUAGUCACGUAAACUAAAUAAUUUGUAUAGUGAAUAACUAGAGACUAGCAUUCACUUUCGGUAUUGUAUAGUUUAAGUUGUUUGGACGUGCUGUGUCUGUACUGUACGGUUCAAAUGUAUUUGACUAGCAUUCGAUAUUGUAUUUUUGUGGAAGUAUGGCAUGUAAAACCGUGGAUCAUAACUGUAUUUGUACCUUGAAUUAUAUGUGAAACUGUAGAGACACACUGUGGCCUUGUA